AUGACUAUUACUACCAUCACCAAAAUCUCUAAUUUUGUUUUGUUAACAUCCUCAAUAUAUUUACUUUUUCUUGCUACCAAUGUCGAAUCCGAAUUUUCCUUCAACUUCCCGACAUUUUCACCCGACGUUUUCAAAACCGGUGUAGGUUUUGCAAACGACGCCACGUUGAAAAAUGGAGUAAUACAAUUAACAAAGAAAGAUGGUUACGGUAAUCCACUCAAACAUAGUGCUGGUCAAUUUGGAUUGAUAGAACCUAUCCAAAUUUACGACAAAACCACUGGAAAAAUCGCGAGUUUUAUAACCGAAUUCACCUUUUUAGUGAACACAAACGGUAGAAUCGAUCACGGCGACGGGUUUGCUUUCUUUAUUGUAUCGCCCGAUUACAAAAUCCCAAACAAGAAAAAUUCGGAAGGUGGUUUCCUCGGAAUGUUUUCCAAGGAAACCGCGUUAUACGCCAAACAAAUUCUUCUUGUCGAGUUUGAUAGUUUUGCAAAUGAAUGGGAUCCAAGUCCAUUGUCACAAUUUUCUCAUAUAGGUAUUGAUAUUAAUUCUAUUAAGUCAGUGGCUUAUACACCUUGGUAUAAUGAUUUUGAAGAUGGAAAUGUAGGAAAGGCUCGUAUAGAAUAUGAUUCUAGGGAGAAGAAUUUGAAGGUGUUGGUAAGUUAUUCUAAAAAGGGACCAUUGAAUGGGGAUUCUAGCUUGGUUUAUAACAUUGAUUUGACAAGUUUUCUUCCUGAAUUUGUUCAAAUUGGGUUCUCUGCUUCCACUGGGGAUUUGGUUGAGACUCAUGAUAUUCUCUCUUGGUCUUUCACUUCAAACAUGUAG